UUUUAUUUGAAUAUAUAAGCUAUGGCCGGACGCAAAUAAGUUUAAUCGAGUUCUUCUUCUUCGGAGAAGGCUUUGUGUCUGUAUCAUCUGAUUAUAGCGCAGAGAGAUUAGUUGAUUUGAAGGAGAAACAUGAAGAGAAUCUUUGGAGCGAAGAAUAACAAAGAGCCUCCUCCGUCUAUUCAAGAUGCCUCUGAUCGGAUCAAUAAAAGAGGAGAUUCAGUGGAAGAGAAAGUUAAGAGGCUUGAUGCUGAGCUCUGCAAAUACAAAGAUCAGAUCAAAAGGACUAGACCUGGUCCUGCUCUAGAAGCUAUCAAAGCUCGUGCUAUGAGAGUUCUCAAGCAAAAGAAGAUGUAUGAAGGACAACGUGACAUGCUCUAUAAUCAGACUUUUAACCUUGAUCAAGUUUCAUUUGCUGCUGAAGGCCUUAAAGAUGCUCAACAAACUAUGACAGCGCUAAAAUCUGCUAACAAGGAGCUGAAAGGAAUGAUGAAAACCGUCAAGAUUCAAGAUAUAGAUAAUUUGCAAGAUGAUAUGAUGGACUUAAUGGAUGAGAGUUCUGAAAUUCAAGAGACACUUGGUAGGAGCUACAAUGUUCCUGAUGACAUUGACGAAGAUGACCUCCUGGGCGAGCUUGAUGCUCUUGAAGCUGACAUGGGGAACGAGACUGAAGCAGACGGAGUGCCUUCUUAUCUCCAACCCGAUAAGGAACCGGAUCUUAAUGAUGAGCUCAACUUGCCUUCAGCACCAAUGGGGCAUACAGGAGCUCCACCCGGACGAGCUCAGGCUGAAGAUGAAUGGGGAUUACCAGCGGUACCACGUGCAUCACUUCGGGGCUAAAUCCCAUUUACACACCUCUUUGUGUGCAUAAAUAUUCAUCUCCAGCGACUAUGCUUUUAAAGUCUUGUUACUGUAUGUAAUAAGUUUUUUGCUUAGCAGUUUCAUUAACCUUGAAUCCUCAGAUUUGGUCUGUAUUAUAUUAUUUUAUAAGGAAAUCUAAUCGGGAGUCUACAGCAUCGCAUUCUAAAUGAUGUGUAAGAUAUGUUGCUGAGAAGUGAAGUUUUUGAGUUUCUUGAGAAGUUGAACAUGAAACAUGAAGCCCAAAUUAUUUGUUAUAGUAAUACUCAAAUGCAUACAUUUUAGUGA